UGCAGCGCGCCCUCGACACAGUAUGCUUCCUCGACACAGCAUGCUUCGCCAUGUUCCCGCAGCAAGUCUCCCCACGCCCCCCUGUCCAAGUCGACCAGCACCACCCAUCACCCUUCAGCGCAGCGUCGCUUCCCCCCAUCUCCCAUAUCCAUCCGCGUCCCCCCGAGUUACUAUUCCAAAACACUUUCGAGACGGUCUACGACUCCACCCCGAGCGAAAAGAGCCCAGAUCUGGCCAGCAAUUUCAACAAAGCGCAACAAAAUACAGGGCGCCACUCCCCCAUUGCCCUCCAAUCCGUACUCCCCCGAAAUAGCGCUGACUUGCCCGUCUUCCCCCCCGGCUCUCCCUUUUUCGCCCUUCUGUGGCCACUGACGACUGCAAUCACGACCCGUUUAUCGACAACUCGACCGCGACCGUUCAUCGCUAACUUCACCGGCACUGGAGGAUUUUGGUUAAUCGAUGCUUCGACCCCCGAAUUACGUGCCGAUUUCUUGACGAUUCUGUACUGUGGGAGAGACUGGAACGCCCGGACCUGUGUCCCUCGACUCUCGCUGCAUCCGCCCGACCGAGCCCACGACCUCGCGUUUUCCCCCCGACGACAACAACCCGCCACCGUCAAUCGACUCCGCGAAAAUUUCGAACACUGCAUGGUUAAUUCGAUGGCGAGUGUUCGCGAAUAG